AACACUGCCAUUAAGUGGGCAAAUUCAUGUUAUUUUAUUUGAUUUUGACCUCACCACACCAGCACAUACUACUAUUUUCUGGAUUACCAAGGAUUUAUAACCGGUCUAGUUCGCCACAUGCCCUUUUGCAGCCAAGCCUGAAAUAUAUACAUGUCGAAAAUUGGGCACAUUUUAUUUCAAGUGAAGGCCAUCUCUCGUAUGUAGGAGUCCAAAGACUCAUUGGGCUCGGUUGGGCCUGAUCGUCGGAUGAUACUGGGCUGUUUGGCACGAAGAAACGGUUCCGAUUCUGGGCGAGAAUCGCUGCCCACACCUGGAGGACUUUAUCCAUCUAAGGUAUUUUCAAAAAAAUUCAAGAUUCUUCGUUACAUCGAAUCUUGUGGCACAUGCAUGAAAUAUUAAAUAUAGAUAAAAACAAAAACUAAUUACACAGUUUGCCUGUAAAUCGUGAGAUGAAUUUUUUAAAUUUAGUUAGUCCAUGAUUGGAUAAUAUUUGUCAAAUAAAAACGAAAGGCUACAGUGCCCAAAAACUAAAACUUUUGGGAACCGAACAAGACCUAAAUUAUAAGACUUUUAGGCUUUUUUACCCUAGAUUUGACUAUUCAUCUUAUUUAAAAAUAUAUAAAUAUAAUCAAAUUUAAAUAAUUAUUGAAGAAAUUUUAAUAACAAAUCAAGCCACGAUAAAAAAAAUAAUAUUUGAAACAUUGACGAGAGAAUAUGAAGUUGAAAUAUUUUUACAAGGAACACGAAUAUCCAUCAAACACAACCUAAAAAAUGAUAUACGUUCCAAAGAAAAAGAAACAGCUGGCCAAUAAAGGGUUUUUUUUUUUUUUUUUUUUUUUUGUCGUGGCUGGCGCCAUGCCCAUGAGUAUGUGUGUGUAACUGCCCUGGGUAGGCGGGCCAGAUCCACGAGACGUGUGGUGUGCAUGGUGCUUCCUUGGACUAGGCCACUUGGGCAACAAUGGCCAUGGCAUGACGGCCGGCCGGACAGGGACAGGCAUUCGUCCCCACCCCGAGAUCGAGAUCGAGAUCGAUAAUGGCGGCGCGCCUCCUCCUCACGCUUCUCCUCUGCUCCGUCGUCAUUACUGGCGCCUCUUCCCGCAAGAAGAAGACUAGCCUGGCAGUGGCAGUGCCAGUGGCACCACCACCAGACGGCCCGCCAGACCCUUGCGCCGGCCGCCGCAUCCACAUCCGUCGCCUCCCCGCGAGCUUCAACACGCAGCUGCUCCUCUACUGCGGCAGCGGCAGCGGCAGCGGCACGGCGUUCCCGCUGGCGGACCCAGGUGACUCCAAGUGGUCAGUGCCGGCGUGCGCCUCCCUGGCCAACCACGGGCUGGGCCCGCGCACCCACAACGGCACCCGUUCCUGGUACCGCACGGACGCCCGGCUGCUGGAGCCCUUCUUCCACCGCCGCCUGCUGGAGCACCAGUGCCUGGUGUCCCGCCCCGCACAGGCCGACGCCGUCUUCCUCCCCUACUACGCGGCGCUGGACGCGCUGCCCUACGUCCUCCACCCGGACCUCCUCAACUCCUCCGCGCUCCACGGGGUGCCGCUCGCGCGCUUCCUGGCGCACCACCAGCCGCGGGUCCUCGCGCGCCGCCACGGCCACGACCACUUCUUCCUCCUCGCCGGCACCGCCUGGGACUACUCGCAGCCGCACGACGCCGACCCCCGCCUCUACGGCACCACGUCGCUGCUCCGCCUCCCCGACCUCGCCAACUUCACCGUCCUCACCCUCGAGUCGCGCGCCUGGCCCUGGCAGGAGCACGCCAUCCCGCACCCGACCUCCUUCCACCCGUCCUCGCUGCCGCGCCUCCGGUCCUGGAUCGCCCGCGCGCGCCGCUCCCGACGCACCGCGCUCAUGCUCUACGCCGGCGGCGUCUCCAGGCCGUCCAGGCCCAACAUCCGGGGCGCCAUCCUCGCCGAGUGCGCCAACCGCACCACGUCGUCGCCUGAUGUGUGCACCGUCGUCGACUGCUCCGCCGCCGCGUGCGGCCUCAACCCCGUGGCUUACAUGCGGCCCAUGCUCAAGGCCAACUUCUGCCUGCAGCCGCCCGGGGACUCGCCGUCCCGCCGCUCCACGUUCGACGCCAUCGUCGCCGGGUGCAUCCCGGUCUUCUUCGAGCACGCCGCCGCCAGGGCGCACUACGGCUGGCACCUGCCCCGCGGGAGGUACGACCAGUUCUCGGUCACCAUACCCAAGGAGUCGGUGGUGAUGGGGGACGUCAGGAUCGCCGACGUGCUGGCGGCGGUGCCCGAGGACAAGGUCGCCAGGAUGCGGGAGCGCGUGCUGGAGAUGGCGCCCAGGGUGGUGUACCGGCGGCACGGGAGCGCCGCGGAACUGAGAGACUCCACUAGCUAUAGGGACGCCGUCGACCUCGCCGUGGAGGGCGUCCUGAGGAGGAUACGGAGGCGGGUGAGCGCGCUGGAGGACGCCCAACCGGACGCCAUCUACGAGCUGGAGGAGGACGACGACGAUUAGGAUUAGGAUUAGGAUUAGGAUUAGGAUUAGGACGGACAUUCUCAUUUGAGCUGAUCGAGCCAACACAGAUUACAUGCAUACAAUUUCUUCUUCUUUCUUGUAAUAACAAAGAUUUGACUUCAUCAGUGUGUAGUACAACAGCAACAAAGGCAAGCUACGUAGAUUGGA